AUGGCAUCAUCGCAGAGGCCGACAGAAAGGAGGGCGUCGAGGUGCACCCCAGUCAUGGCGCGGGCCACGCUCGCAUUCGAGAUCGUCGCGUACAGCCUGCAUAAGGGCAUGGGCAGCGGCAGAUUCAUCCGGUCCCCUCGCACCUCCGUUGGCGGCUACGAAUGGUGCAUCCGCUACUACCCUGACGGAGACGAGGGCGAGGAGGACCAUGUCUCAGUCUACCUCGAGCUUCUGAGCAAGGGUGCUAGGGCAAGGGCGCUCUAUGACUUGAGGUUGCUCAACCAGGCCAACGGGCUGUCAUCAUCGGUGACGUCCUGCUUGAAGUCGCCGACAGUGUUUGAUUCCGUCGACACCAUUAAGAACAAAUAUGCUUGA